CCUACUUGAAGGGAACCAACAUCCCUUCGCCAUCUGAACCCCUUGCGCGUCGCUCCGACGCUCGUCGACGCUUUACGCUAAGGAAUCACCGCUUUCAGCCCUCUUUUCCAUCGUCGAUCUUGAGGGAACAGGGAACCCGGAGGCAUGCAAUCUGCCACUAGGCUGCAGUGUAUCGUAGGCGAUGCGGAGCCGUCCAGCACUUUGUUAACAGGCCUGCGCACUCCGACCCAAUAUCUUCGCUGGCCUUUUCCAGAAGCUAUCGCCUUUGCGACCAUCCGCAAAGUCGGGAAGCAAGUGUUCGGGCAUAUCAGACAUGCUCUGUUCUACUCAGCCUCUGCAAAGGCUAGUCCAUCUGGUGACGUGUUGGUUUGGUCAAUGUUUGGCGGUGGUUCACCGUUGGUUCACCGUGAAGGGAUCAAUGGAGGCCCUCGAAUGACCUCAUUCAUGCCGAUGGCGUCCCUUUUACGAUCCCUACCCUCCUUUCGUGGUUCUGCUAUUGUUCUUGUGCUCUUCUCCCGCGUCCUCGUAAGGUCUGCAGAUUCAUCCGCAUCUUCGACGCCUUUCUUCACAGAUCGCGGGCAUGUUCAGGGCACGAGGCGGAGGGGCUGGUCUGGAGACUGGCAUUCGUCAUGAUGAUGGGUGGAUGGAUGAUGGGCGAUUGGGCGCUCGCCAUGCUCCAAUCACUAUCGUGGCCCUAUCUAGACUCCGGCCUUUGAGCUAGCCUUACAGGCGCUUGUCCUGCAGGCCAGUCCUAGGGCACUGCCUCGAGAAGGCUUCGAGCGGUAGGUAUGGCCUUGUGAGCGGCCAGACGUAGUUGUAC